AAUAAUUACGACAAAAUGUCAAACUGACACGAACAAAUAGACAGAUAUCUAGAUGACGAUGUCCAGUGGAUAAAACUUCCUUUCGUACUGAUUUACGCGCACUCGAUCGUUGUACAUCCGAGCUUUGCAAUCACUCGAAAUACUAUUAGUUCUUCAAUAAAAAUAUUAAAAUAAUUACAAACAGUAAUUAAUCUAACAAUGAAUUAUUUAAUUUAUGAAUAAUGAGUAAACUAACAAAAUCAGAUCUUUAUCAAGCUUUAUUUCCUAUUUAUCAUCUCAGUAAAGUACUCGGUCUGCUACCAGUAAGAUUAGUACGGCAACGAAGUGAUCGUUAUAUUGGAAGUAUUUAUAUUAUUGAUAUAGUUUACAGCGUUUGUCUGCUCGUAUUUUUUUCAGUUGCCGAAGUAUGGGGUCUCUGGAGAGACCUCAGAGAUGGCUGGGAAAACAGUACAAGAUUGAAGCAUCAAACAGCAUUGAAUAUCACCAUAGGCGACGUUACUGCUGUCGCACUUUUAGCUGCUGCUGGAGUUCUAGGCGCGCCAUUCAGAUGGAAAUACAUUCGUGAAAUGAUGGCACGACUUAUUCAUGCAGACGAACGUCUUGGAUUCACAACUCCCAAGAAAACCCAGAGAUUCGCAAUAAUUUUGUCAUCAUGCACGAUGAUAUUUUUUAUAGCUCUCGCAUGCCUGGACAUUUACUCAUGGGACCUUCAGACUAAAAUGAAACGCAAAAUGCCAGACAAAGGACCAAUUAAUUAUUCACCUCUUUAUUUUUUUUAUUUCCAAGCGUUAUUAAUAGAGAUACAGUACACAAUAGCGACCUACAAUUUGAACCAGCGUUUUGUGCGGCUCAAUAAAAAUCUUGAAAAUUUAUUGAAGAGCAGCAAAAAUUAUUUGCGCAGAGACAUUGACCUUGUGAGUGAGCUGUCGGAUAAAGAUAAAUUUCCAAUGACUAUUUUGAGGUCGGAAACAAGUGGCGGCAGCAAUAAACAUGACCGCAGACUCUUUCGGACUCCAAAAAUAUCCGGCUGGACAGGUGAAGAGCGCGAAUCGCGCGACGUGAUGGACACAGUGUCCCAGCUAAUUACCAUCCACUCGUCACUCUGCGACGUAAAUAUUCUUAUAAACAAAGCCUUUGGAUUGCCAAUGCUCGUCGUCGCAAUUACAGCUCUGUUUCAUCUGAUAAUAACUCCGUAUUUUUUAUUGAUGGAGGCUACCAGCGACAAAGAAACUCUAUUUAUAAUCGUCCAAUGUUUAUGGUGUGGUCUUCAUGUCUUUCGUGUAGUCGUAGUGGUCCAGCCGUGCUACUCGACAACAAACGAGUCCCAAAAAACCGCGAUUCUCGCCAGUCAAUUACUGACAUACUCAUGGCAACCGGAAAUUCGAAAGCAGCUUGAAAUAUUUUCACUCCAAUUAUUACACCGACCGCUUCAUUUUACAGCCUGUGGGCUUUUUUCACUGGACCGCGCACUUAUUACUUCGAUGGCUGGUGCAGUUACUACAUACCUAGUUAUCUUGAUACAAUUUCAAAAAGCCGAUGACACCAAAGACACGAAUAAUAUAUUGAAAAAUGCAACACUGCUGCUACGUAACGUUUCAACAACGAGAACUAAAGCGCUGACUUAAUAAAUAAAUAAAAUAUAAAUAAUUAACUUAUGUAUUUUAUUAAACUGUUCAAUAGCUUACGUAAAUAAAAAUUAAUAUUGUAUGUAUUUAUGUAUAAUGUGAAUAAUAAAUUUAUUAAAACAUAAAAUCUUUAAAUAAAAGGAAAAAAAAUUAAUUUUUUUGACAUUU